AUGGCCCUUCCGCAGCGCUCCGAGCUUCGAUGCCCAAGGCCCUUCCGCAGCGCUGCGGAGGAGCGGCGCCUGGCCGAGAUGGCCUUCCGCCUGAGGGCGGAGGCGGCGGAGGCGGUGGGAGCAAGAGAGCCUUUGUCUCUUCCGUUUCUACAAGCUUUCGCAGAAGUGGGGAGCUCAAUGAUGUUGAAGAUCACCAGAGACCAGCAUUCAGUGCUGGUGGCAGAGUCCUGGAUGGUGAAGACCACGAAGUUCGCUUCCAUAGUUCGCUUCUCGGGUGCUGUGGAAGGUGCGAUGUCGACUGAGGAUGGUGCCAAUGGGACUGCCGCCGCUUCCCAUGCAGAUGCCCCAAGAGGCGCGGAGAUCUUCUUUGGCAGAAAGGGAGGCGAGAAGGUGCUGGACUUCCUCACGAAGCACCCUGGCGAUAUAGAGGCCAAUCCCUACAGAGGAGUGGAGGCGGCAGUCGAAGCAGGGAUGGCGGGCAAAGGCUUGGCCAAGCGUUCUGUGCAGGACUCAGGGCAAACGGCAAUGCAGACACACCUUCUUGUGAUGCCAAGCAAACACCUGCAGCGUGAGGCAUAUGCCACGAUUACUGCUCCAAUCUACUUUCCCAAGCUUUUGCGAGCAAUUCUGCAAAAGCUGCAGGACUUUGUUGGAUAUCCCCUAUUGUUUUAUUGCCUAGUGAUCCAGAAUGCCAAGUUCCGGAGAUAUUGUCAAGGCAGCGCUGACAAGGUCUUGCCUUCACUUCUGGAGGUGCUGCAUGGUGUUGCAACCUCUGAGAACAAGAUCUUAGCCAAGGCGCCAACUGCAGUAAUGGCGUUGUUGCUGUCGGUGCUGUCCCUAACAGGAGAUGCUGCUUUCUGCGGACAAAUGUCUGCUGUGAAGCUACUUGAUGGACGCAGUGUACUUGGUGCAUCACACAGGUCAGUUCAAGAAAUUCCCCUUUCCUCCAUGCUGGUCGUGGUCAUUCUGCGGCUAGCGCACUGGAACUUUGGUGCCUGUCGGGAUGCGUUCUUCAACCGCACUGUUGCAGCUAUCUUGGGCAAUCUCGCAGUGCAUGGAAUUGAGAAUGUGCACUGGCAUGCAGCCAAAAGGAUGCUGGAGGUUGCUGGUCUUUUGGCACGCAAUGCCAUUAAGCUGCCCAACGGCAGCAGCCGCAAUCCAAACCUCGGCGAGGCAGCUGAACUGCACCGGUCAAGGCGUGGUUCAGAAGGUAUUUCCAUUCGACUUCCCUUCCAUACCAUGCUACUAGGAGCAAGGACGCUACUAGGGGCUCCUGGCCUUACUACUAGGAGCAAGGACGCUACUAGGGGCUCCUGGCCUUACUACUAG